UUCAACUCUAAAAACAAAGAAGAGUCUUUCUUUUGUAUUAUCUUUCUUCCAUUCCUCAUUUUCUUCUAAAUUAAUGGAUCAUAAAAGACAUCAUAAACACUAUCAAGAAGAAUUUAUUUCAUCAAAAGAACAAACACCAACAAAAACUUCAAAUCAACAAAAAUAUAAAAAUGUUAGUAGAAAUACUUUAAGAAAAGUUCCAGACAGACCAUCACCUCCUCCUCCAAAUAAUAAUUCUCAAAUUAUACCUCCAUUAUAUGUUGGACACAGACCUUCACCACCUCUAGAGGCAACAACUUCAGAUAAUAAAACAUCCCAAACAAGGACAACUUCGAAUGUUGGGGCUACGGUUGCUGCAUUAGCUGCUGUUUUAGCAACUGCCCCAACAGCCGCUGCUCGUCCAAAUUCUUCAAGAAAGGAAGGUGGCGGAUUACUUUCUGUUCCAAAUCAUCGACAAAAUUCUCGAAAUAAUUCUUCUGAUGGAAAUAAUCUUUUAUUAUCAAGAUCUGCUCCAAUGCUUGCAGCACAGAAUUCAACAGCUUCAACAAGUUAUCUUCGUCCAUUUGGUAAUCAAUCAUCUGCAGCAGUUUCUUUUCAUUCCUCCCCCAUUUCCCCAAGUUCUUCAACUAACGUUGUUGGAAAUGAUUUCUCUUCUUAUUCUACUAAAACACCCCUAUCCUCUCAACCUCAAGGUGCAAAUGUUGUACCCUUCUCUUCCUCUUCAACAUCCCUUCGUCGUUCAAUUCGCAAUGAAUUUGAUGCGUUUAAAAGAAGAAGUAUAUCGGAAUUAUCUUUAGUUUUGGAAGUAUUAAAAACAGCUACUAAUAGAACAAAAUAUGGAGGGAUGCCUGACGAUGACAUUAAAAGAGAUUGUUGGGGAAGGGGAACAACAACUGAUGAUGAAUAUUAUCAAAUAAAUCAUGGAGGAGGAAACAGGCAUUUUAUGCACACAGUCGGACCUGUAGAAUCUUCUUCUGGAAGCAUUUCUGCAGUUAAUAGCUUAAGGAGAAGCGGUUUUGUACCUCCACAUCAUCAUUCUACGGGAAAUUUAGCGACACCGUUUAGUAGGAAAAGUCAACGAAGAAUGGCACUAAGACGAAAAAUUCAAUGGGAAAGACUUUCUCCUGCAGCGAUUCAAAGACAAAUUGUUCAAGGUAAAAAAUUUUUUAAAAUAUUUUUAGUCAAUAUAAAUAUUGUGGGUUAG